AUGUCGGCAAAAAGCACAACAAAAACCGGCACUAGGCCUGCACCGGCUGCCGCCUCUUCCUCUAACUCCUCCGCCUCACCCGAGUCGGUUCCAAAGGUCACCCGGAUCGUCUUUACCGCCCUUCUCCUCGACAUCCUUGCCUUCACCAUCAUCUUGCCCCUCUUCCCAAGACUCCUCCAGUUCUACCGCGACAGUGAGCAUGGCGACCAGGCAUCAUUAUUGGCAUGGUCCUUAUCGAGACUGACAGAGUUCCAGUCCGCCAUCGGACUCAACGAUGCCAAAAGCCCCUCCUCAUCAUCCAUCAAACGGCCCCCCAAGAUGGAUAUCGUCCUCCUCGGCGGUGCUCUGGGUUCCCUUUUCUCGGUUCUUCAGUUCAUUGCUUCACCUAUUAUUGGAAAGUUGUCGGAUAUCCUUGGACGGCGACGUGUUCUUCUCAUCUCUAUGCUCGGGAACUUGAUAUCCUGUGCAGUAUGGCUCUUCUCCUCAACCUUCGAACUCUUCGUCCUCUCCCGAAUCAUCGGCGGCCUCAGCGAAGGAAACGUCCAACUAUCCAUCGCAAUGAUCUCCGACAUCACCACCCCUGCCACUCGCUCAAAGGGCCUCGCCAUGGUCGGCAUUGCUUUCGCGAUUGCGUUUACUGUCGGGCCCGCAUUGGGCGCUUAUUUUGCGAAUAAGGAUCUGGUCGCGGCUUGGCCCGGGUUGGCACAGUAUGGAUUGCAUCCCUUUUCGGGCUCGGCCUUGUUGGCGCUUGUGCUGUUGACGGUGGAGAGUUUGUAUUUGUAUGCGAGGUUGCCAGAGACGAAUUCGGAGAGUUGGAGAUUGGCGGUUCAGCAGACCGUUCAGCAGGAGACGACUGAUGAUGCUUCUGGACCCUCCUCGUCAUCAACCCCUGUCACCACCAAGCCUGCCUCUACCUCCUCUUCUCCAACAGCAGGACUGGACCAGGAAAAGAUUCAAGCCUUGCAACAAUCCUACCUCUCCGUCCUCUCAUUCACCCACUUUGCUCACCUCUUCCUCUUCUCCGGGAUGGAAUUCACCCUCACCUUCCUCACCUUCCACCUCUUCGACUUUUCACACAUGCAACAAGGCGCCUUACUCGGCUACAUCGGGAUCUUAUCCUCCCUCCUCCAAGGAGGCUAUGUCCGUCGCCGCGCUCACAUCGUCGGUGAGAAACGUAUGGUCCUCCAGGGGAUGGUCGCCGCAGCAAUCGGAUUAGGAUCCAUCGCCCUUGUGUCGGGCGGCGGUGGUUCUACCACCACUCUUCUCGGAGGGAAGUCUACCCUCUUCCCUGCGUAUGUGAUUGAUGCUAUUGAGUGGUUGGACACUCAGGAAUGGUCCCGGAAGACUAGAAUGUGGGGCUUGUACGCUGGAGCUACAGGAUUGGCCGUGACGAGCGCAACCGUCGUCAACUGCCUCACAUCCCUCGCAAGUCUCGUCUGCGACAUGGGUUCCAAUGACUCCCUCCCCACACCCGCCUCCACCUCCUCCACAACCACCACAACCAAGAAGCAACCCAUCGGGAAGGGUCUGGCACUGGGACGGUUCCGCUCCUGGGGCCAACUGGGUCGUGCCGCAGGACCGAUUGCUGCCUGCAGUUUGUAUUGGCGUGUAGGACCCUUGGUCUGUUAUGGCACUGCUUCUGUGGCCGUCUUUGCGGUCGCUUUCCUCGCUAGUAGAAUCUUGCCUGAGGUGCGUAAACUGCCCAUCCGCACCCGGGCCGCUGCCGCCGCUUCUACCAAGAAGACAAAAUAA